AUGUCUAUCUGGGAUACUCUCUCAGGACGCAAGACCUCAACCCCCUCUAGCCCCCCCAGUCCCCCUGCUUCUACUUUCGAUCCUACCUCCGCCCAAGAUGCUUCCUCAUUCCUCUCUGGCGCCGCAAUGCCAGACCCCUCAUUAUUACAUCCUCUUGCCGGACUGAACAAAGACACGUUAGAUUACCUUUCACUCGAAGAUUCCGCCCUCGAUGACUUACCCGGCUCUCGCUCCGCACUCCCUUCAAGGGGUUGGUCAGACGAUCUCAGUUAUGGAACGGGAAUUACAUAUCUAACGGCAUUGUCUAUUGGUGGUACAUGGGGUCUGAUUGAAGGACUCCGGAAAACUCCUGUUACUGCGCCUCCAAAGCUUCGACUGAACGGCGUCCUCAACUCGAUUACCCGACGGGGCCCGUUCCUGGGUAACUCUGCGGGUGUGAUUGCGGUAGUAUAUAAUGGCAUUAAUUCGACUAUGGGGCAUAUUAGAGGGAAGCAUGAUGCGGCAAAUAGUAUAUUGGCGGGCGCUUUGAGUGGCAUGUUGUUCAAGAGUACAAGAGGCCUGCGUCCGAUGAUGAUAUCUGGUGGGAUUGUCGCUAGUGUUGCUGGUGCUUGGGCCGUUACGAGACGGGCGUUCUUCUCAUAA